AUUGAAAGAAAUCGUAUCUUGCCACUUUUCCGUUUAUGAUACUUUACUUUUUUUUUCCCCAAGUAAAUGUUGAUUUACAAGCAAAUUAUAGAAGAUUGUAAUUCUUACUUCUUCAUCAAACUUCAAGUAAUGAACAGAAUACAGAAUACCAGCCGGGUAUAUGUGAACUUUGAAAAACUAUUAAUUUGUGCACCCAAUUUAAUAGAUUUUGGCUUCUUGUAAACAAAUAAUCAGUACCUGGUCGGCUUUGCCAGUCAUAAAAACAGCUGCUUUUGUGCGUGGUCUCUCGGCGGACGGUGCAAUAAAAUGGGAAUAGAUUAGUUUCUGCAAACGCCUGGAAUAUGCAGGUCCACCGAAACUAUCCCCACUUCUAUGUGUUUUUCCCUCAUGUAAUAGGCAUCAGUUGUAUUCUACCUCUUGGGGCAUUGCUUUUCUGCGAGUUAUGGAGUGUUCUGGCAGACUUCAAAGCAUCAACUGCAACAACUUGUGAUCGUAAAAUUAGGGAAACCGCUGUGUGGAACUUUUUACCAUCCAUCAGUGAGGCCACAGGUCGAUUGACACCACAGCGAUAUGUAUGGCAGAUCUGUAUUGCACUACAUUGCACCCCUCGCUUUCUGAUUGCUCUGGGUUAUCGUAGUGUUCACAGGGGCUUGUUCCCUCGGUCUGGUGCUCUAGCAAGGUUUGCUCAUCUCUCAAGGGCAUCUUACCUGCUGCAUAUGACAGAGAUUUGUGCUCUUAUUGGUUUGAGCAUCAUCUCUUCAUCUGAGAAUUAUGAGAUUCACAAGUUUUGCUUCAUCACAUUCAUGCUCUGUGCCACCCUACAUAUGUUGUCAAUGUGUGUACUCUAUGGACCUGGAUUGAGAGCCGUACAGUUUGGAGUAGAUGAAACAGAGGAAAGGUCUCUGAGGCUAAAGCAAAUCCUUACUUUUGUGAACAUUACCACUUUCGUGGUUGCCAUGUACUUCUUCUACCGUCACAACACAUAUUGUGAAGAUGGAGUGUACAGUCUGUUUGCCCUGUGUGAGAUAGUUGUGGUGGUCACCAACAUUGCAUUCCACAGCACUGCCAUGCUAGAUUUCAACAAGUCUCAUGUGGUUUUACAAGAUGGAAUUGGCAGAUGAUGCUGCAGUAAUUUAAAAUACUUUUUGAUUAGUCAUAUAUAUACAGUAUUUAUUGUUAACUGUGUAAAAUUAUAUGUCUGUGUGUUUUGAUCACUUCUGUGUAUAUUAGCUGGGAAUGGUGUUCAUAUUAUUGUUUGUUGGUUGGAGGCUCUAGCUACUUUUUGACAAAAUUUUAUAAGUAAGGAGCUUAUCAUGACUGUACAGCAUUAAAUUUUGCAGCAUUUACUCAAAAGCUGUGCUGAAUCGUUCAAGUCUUCCAUUUGUAUAUGUUUUUGUCAACUUUCUAAUUGUACGUUGUUGUUUUUUAUAGUCCAUUUUUUUACAUAAGUGUUUCAUGAUAAAUGUCGUCAGAUGUCGGAUUAGAAAUUGUGCGUGAUGGAAGUUGUGUCCUUUUCAUGUUGAGGCGAUUUUCUUUCGGACAGUUGUUUAUCCUUUUUUGAGACUUAUCAAUCUAAUCUUUUGUUUUUACAAUAGAUUUUAGAUGCACAUGAGAAAAUAAGUGUGCUUUGUGCAUCUUGGUAGUUACCUGUAAGCCUAUUCACUCAAAAAUCUUCCCUCCUUUUCUUGGACUUUCCUUGUCGUCAUUUUUAGCAUUAUCAAUAAUGGGCUUCAUUCUAUAUUGGGUACUCUUACUUAUGACAAGCUGAUGCCUGUUACAGGCUCUACCUUUCGGAGGUUUUGAAAGUAUUGUUUUAAACCUGUGAAUAAAGUAUGUAGGGUAGAAUUAAAGUGUUGUUAAAAUCUCUUUGAUAUACAAGGAACACCCCUUUGGGUGUAUUUGUCUUUUCUAUCUAUAUUGUAAUAUAUUUAUAAUAGAAAGGAUAAGAUAUAUUAUACACAGACACCCAGACACGCGCACACACACACACACACACAUGCACACACACACACACACACGCGUACAUACACACACAUACACACACACACAAAAACCCCAAGACUCAUUGGUUCACUAAAACACACACACAUUUGAUAUCGGUAGCGAGCUGUUCAAAUGUCCUAAACGCAAACUUUUUCAGGAGAGAGAAAAUAAGGUUUCGUUUUUCUAAGAAAUUGUAUCUUGAUAAUGGGUUAUUUUUUUUUGGUGGCUAUCAUCAACAUUUUGAAUUUGAAUUUUGUUGAAACUUUUCUUGGGUACAUGCAACCGAUACCACUGAUUGAGAAACUGCGGUAAAAAAACAAAGCAAAACAAAAAAAAAGAGUUUUCAAUACACAUGAACAGCUAGCGAUAAUAUAUUGGUUGACUUCCCUUUGACUGAAACCAGGUCAUAUAUCACAAGUUUUUAUUUUGGAGCUUUGGUUGUGGUAGCAUUUUACACGUCAUGUAUUAUGCAGGUUAUUUUGAAGUACCAUUCUAAGAUUUAGUAACUCCACGUCAUUCCAUUUUUAAGUUAAUGACUUUGUGAUAUGGAUGGACAUCAUGCUUGGCUUACUUGGUGUUUUGAUUUAUCUGUUUCAUGUAAGUGUUCACAUAUACUAUGUUGCCAUUACGGAAGAAAUUUACACUUUUGUCUUUUCUAAGUAUAUAGGCCUACUAUAUGUAUUUAUUAUGGUGAUUUUAAUCAAAUCAAAAAUGUUGACACCAUUCUGCUGAUACGAACACCAGAUAAUCUACAAAUGGCAUUAUGAGAUUUCUAUCCCUUACUUCUCACAUUUAUUUCUACGCCACCAUUUCCAAUGGAAAAUGCAAACAGCAAUGUUAUUUUUUAUAUAAGGGACCAAAUGUUUUUGCAGAAUAUUUCUGAAAGUUGAUCUGUAUAUAAUUUUUUCUUUUUUUUGGGUCUUUUUUUAAAUGCUAGAGUUGAUUCACUUUCCUGAUUGAAAGACUUGUACUACUGAGUGUGGCGAAAACUGUUCGUUUUUUUCUCUUAUUUGUCCAUUGACAUCGUUUUAUUUGGUUCUACUAGUGCUGUUUUGAUUAUUCUAACUUUUGCAAUUUUACUUAAAUUCUUUGAAUAAACAUUUACAUAAGAGAAUGAGUCAAUUCGAUAUUCUU